AUGUACGAUCUACCAUUAUCAUUCAUUGUUCCUUUGCUAUUGUUAUAUGGCAUUGUAGCUGUCAUCAGUUUUGGAGGAAAUAUUGCCGUUUGUUACACCUUAUGCAAUGGUAAAGUUCUGCUUACAGUGACAAACUUUUUCCUUGCAAGCCUUUCAGUCAGUGACAUUCUGAUGACGGUUCUCUGCAUUCCGACUACUAUUGUCAGCGAUAUCAUUUAUAAGCAUUGGGUACUUGGAUCACGUGGAAUCUGCAUUGAAUUAUGGGACGAUCAGCAACUUCAACACAUCUACAGCAUUAUACUACUACUGCUUCAGUAUUUCAUGCCUUUAUUAAUAAUGAUUUGUGUUUACGUUCACAUAGGCUACAUAAUUUGGAUUAAACCAACUCCUGAUGAAAAUAAUCAAGCCAAUCAGAAUUAA